GAGGGCUCACUCCUUAGGGGAUGAAUUGAAUUGGAAAUCAACAUAAUGUUUGAUUCGAAGAAAAUCCAUUUGACAAUUUCUUCAAUAAUGGAAUCUCAUUUUAGGAAUGGGUCUUGUUAACCCUAGGUUUCUUUCCGAACUUGUAUCAAACAUCUCGCGUGUCUUGAAAUUGCACGCGAAAAUGGGUUGUGUUUUUGGAAAGUGCUGUAGCAGAUUUCGACGGUCCUCAUUUGGUGAUAAUAACGAAGAAUUGGGUGUCCAGAAUAAGCAUAUACUUGCUAACAGGUUGUUAGAGAUCGUGAAUGUCCCGUCACACAAUUUCAGGUUAGAGUAUUCUGUUCUUACACAGCGUGGUUAUUACCCCGAAACCCCCGGUAAGGAAAAUCAAGAUAGUUACUGUAUCAGAACGAAUAUUCAGGGUAACCCUGAUGUUCAUUUCUUCGGUGUAUUUGAUGGACAUGGACAGUUUGGAACCGAGUGUUCGAAUUUUGUUAAGGAUAGGCUUGUCAAUAUAUUAUCAAACGAUGCUGUGUUAUUAGAUGAUCCUGUUAUGGCUUAUAGUGCUGCAUUUUUGGCAGCAAAUGAUGAACUUCACAAUAGUGAUAUUGAUGAUGCCAUGAGUGGCACUACGGCUAUAACAGCUCUCGUGGUUGGGGAUGAACUUUAUGUUGCAAAUGUUGGUGACUCCAGAGCAGUGUUAGCUGUCAAGGAAGGGAAUAAAGUUCUUGCUCAAGAUUUAUCUUGUGACCAGACGCCAUUCAGGGCAGAUGAAUGCCAGAGAGUGAAGCUUUGUGGGGCUAGGGUUCUGAGUACUGAUCAAGUGGAAGGGCUUAAGGAUCCCGGAAUACAAUCUUGGGGAGAUGAGGAAACCGCGGGCGGUGAUCCACCAAGGUUGUGGGUUCAGGAUGAGAUGUAUCCAGGAACUGCAUUUACCCGGAGUGUUGGGGAUGGACUGGCGGAGAAGAUUGGUGUGGUUGCUGAUCCGGAAGUGUCAAUGAUACAGCUCACAGCUAAGCAUCCAUUCUUUGUUGUUGCGAGUGAUGGGGUGUUUGAUUUCCUACCCAGCCAAACUGUAGUGGACAUGGUUACCAAAUAUGCUGAUCCAAGGGAUGCGUGUUCUACCAUUGCUGCAGAAUCAUAUAAACUAUGGUUAGAGCAUGAAAAUCGGACAGAUGAUAUAACAAUCAUCCUUGUACAAAUUAAAGACUUGACUAAUGCCUGAUGAAUCGACACACAAGGAUCGGUGCUACUAGCCAAGUGUCUCUAUGUUGAGAAACUGUUAACAAAAUGCCCAACGCAUGGCUGCUGCAUCUUCUGCUAUUAAUCAAUCUGAGUCCAGCUGAAUUGCCAUUUUAUAGAUAUAUAUGUUUUUGUUUAUUCUAAGUCACUGAUAUUUUUUCAGCUGCAACUUUUAGUGCCACAAAUGGAUGUGGUGAAGAAAAUGUUAGGUCAAGGAACUCCAGAUAUGUUGUAUUUAACUACUACUGGAUAUAUUUCAGCUUACCUAUUUCCUAACUUCUGUGUAAUGUCAUUUAUCUCUCUCUCUCACUUUCAUUUUGAGGGUUUUUGAUGGAGAUCGUUAUGGAUAUUCUAAGAAAGACUGCCAUAAACUAGACAUGAGUUUAAGUCAAAAGAAUGAAAACCCAUAGUUACUAGUUUAAACUAAUUAAUUUCCUAUUCUGUUAGUUUAGUAGUUUUCCUUGUUCACUUGAGAUUUCAAGUAGAAAUACGUGUACGGGUUUUUAUUAUACUGACCAUUGAAUCUCACGACUCUUCUCUUUCUCCCUCUUGUUCCCUCUUGUUCUCUAUGCAGUCUGAUUCGAUAUUGUACUACAAGUAAUUUGACACAGAAGCAGGUGCUAGGAUGAAGCGGUGAACUGAUUCUUAAGACCUUAUUCCAUGUAAUUCUGCAUCCCAGGAAUUGGCCGUGUGCUUCAUGCACAAAUCUCGAUAAGUGAAUGGAGUUGUUUGAGAAUGGUAACUUUUCGCAUUGAACAUACCCAAUUUUGAUAACUAGUUAACGGUAAAAUCAAUUUUCUUGUCAUAGAUCAAAUGUAUAUUCAUCUUUCUAGUUUCUCAUUCUGCAGGGAAAUCUUGCAGUAUGGAUAGUGGUAAUUGUAUUUUGCUUCGGGAUACGUUAUACUUUGCUGUAUGGGUUGAUUAAUAUUGAUGACUCAGUUUUUUAAUAGCUUUGAAGA